CGCGGACCCGUCGGCGACGCCAUGUCGACCCACGUUGCUACUUGACCGGAGCGCCCAAUAACAUUUCAGAAAACAAAACUGCACUGUAUUCAUAUCCUCGUCCAUCAGGGGGCAUCUUGGGUACAUCCAUGAUUUAAGCAGCGACGACCAAAGCUUCAGUCAUGUCGUCAGUGAAGGUGGCAGUGAGGGUUCGACCCUUCAACUCUCGCGAGAUCGCCAGAGAAUGCAAGUGCAUCAUUGAAAUGUCUGGCAACACUACAGUCAUAAUAAAUCCAAAACUGCCUCCUAACAACAAGGAAAGCGCUAAAAGCUUCAACUUCGACUUCUCCUACUGGUCACAUAACCCAAGUGAUCCGGAAUUCUCAUCUCAAAUUAUGGUGUACAAAGACAUCGGUGAAGAAAUGCUCCAACACGCCUUCGACGGCUACAAUAUAUGCAUUUUCGCUUACGGCCAAACUGGUGCUGGUAAGUCCUACACUAUGAUGGGCCGUGGAGAGGACUCUCAGGAGGGCAUCAUACCUCAGAUUUGUAAGGAUCUGUUCCGCCGUAUUCGACAGACGACCUCAGAGGAUCUUACUUAUUCGGUGGAAGUGUCCUAUAUGGAGAUAUACUGCGAGAGGGUCCGUGACCUUUUGAACCCGAAGAAUAAAGGCAAUCUGCGUGUUCGUGAGCACCCAGCUUUAGGACCCUACGUGGAGGACCUCAGCAAGCUGGCAGUGAUGUCCUACCAGGAUAUAUACGACCUCAUCGACGAAGGGAAUAAAGCCAGAACGGUUGCUGCAACCAACAUGAACGAGACUUCCUCUCGCUCGCACGCCGUCUUCACGAUAUUUUUCACUCAACAGCGACACGACAAAACAACCAAUUUGGUCUCUGAAAAGGUGUCAAAGAUUUCGUUGGUGGAUCUCGCUGGAUCUGAGCGUGCCGACUCCACCGGGGCGAAGGGAACCCGUCUCAAGGAAGGCGCCAAUAUCAAUAAGUCACUCACCACUCUCGGGAAGGUCAUCUCCGCGCUCGCUGAGAUUGCGUCAAAGAGCAAGAAGUCAAAGAAGGCAGACUUUAUACCCUACCGUGACUCUGUCCUCACAUGGCUCUUGAGGGAGAACCUCGGCGGUAACUCCAAAACCGCUAUGAUAGCUGCCAUCUCACCAGCUGACAUCAAUUACGACGAAACACUCAGUACACUCAGAUACGCUGAUCGAGCCAAGCAGAUCGUAUGCAAAGCUGUUGUCAAUGAGGAUGCCAACGCUAAACUCAUCAGGGAGCUUAAAGAAGAGAUACUCAAGCUGCGAGAACUGCUCAAGGCGGAAGGGAUCGACGUGCAAGAAGGACCAGAUGGUAGAGUCGUUUAUGAAAAGAAAGAACCCCCUACCACAGGAGAGGAGAACACUCAACCUCGCAAGAGUGAGUCUGAGAUGUCCCCGAAAUUAUCUCGUGCUGCGACCAUCGCUGAGGAGGCUGUCGACCAAUUGCAGGCUUCAGAGAAACUUAUUGCGGAACUGAACGAAACUUGGGAGGAGAAACUGAAACGCACGGAGCAGAUACGCGUUCAACGGGAGGCUGUGUUCGCUGAGAUGGGUCUCGCUGUCAAAGAAGGGGUCACUGUGGGCGUCUACUCUCCCAAAAAGACCCCCCACUUGGUCAAUCUCAACGAGGACCCUAAUUUGUCAGAAUGUCUGCUGUAUUAUAUCAAAGACGGUGUUACUCGUCUUGGGACAGCUGAAGCGAACGUUCCCCAGGACAUCCAGCUGUCGGGAUCCCAUAUCCUCAGUGAGCACUGCAUCUUUGAGAAUACAGAUGGCGUUAUAUGUUUAAUACCGCAUGCUGGAGCCUUGGUUUAUGUCAAUGGAAGGGAGGUCACGGAGCCGAUAAUCCUGAAGACCGGUUCGCGUGUGAUCCUUGGUAAGAACCACGUGUUCCGCUUCACACACCCAGGACAACCGAGGGAGGAGAUGAUCUCCAACAAGGCCGUUGAUGAUAAGCCAGGAGCUAAUGACGUAGAAGCACCAAACGAGACGGAACCCAACGUAGACUGGGACUUCGCUCAAUGUGAACUGCUAGAAAAGCAGGGUAUCGACCUGAAGGCUGAGAUGCAGAAGAGGCUAAUGGCCAUCGAGGAACAGUGGAGGAAGGAGAAAGAGCAUGCGGACCAACAGUUUGAGGAACAGAGAAAGAACUACGAGGCUCGUAUCGACGCUCUGCAGCGUCAGGUCGAGGAACAGAGCGUCACAAUGUCCAUGUACAGUUCCUACACACCAGAUGACUUCCAUAACGAUGAAGAUAUCUUUGUGAAUCCCCUGUUUGAGACAGAGUGUUGGUCAGCCCGCGAGGUGGGAUUAGCGGCGUGGGCCUUCCGCAAGUGGAAGUAUCACCAGUUCACGUCGCUGAGGGACGACCUCUGGGGAAACGCCAUCUUCCUUAAGGAAGCGAAUGCUAUAUCCGUGGAACUGCGGAAGAAGGUGCAGUUCCAGUUCACCUUGCUAACGGACACUCCAUAUUCUCCACUUCCCGCGGAACUGGCUCCGAGGGACGAAGCUGAUGAUGAGUACAGACCUUCAGCACCAACGGUGGUAGCCGUCGAAGUGACAGACACAAAGAAUGGCGCCACCCAUUACUGGACAUUGGAAAAGCUGCGACAUCGGCUGGAACUGAUGCGUCAGAUUUACAACAUGAACGAGGACGUCAGGGCUGUCACCGAGGACUUGCCCGACCCUGACGUACUGCAAUGUAUAGCGGCCUGCUCCAACACAAGACUCUCACUCGCCAACCUUCUACCAUCGAGGCAACGUUUAGAGCUGAUGCGUGAGAUGUACCACAACGAGGCGGAGUUGUCACCAACCUCGCCCGAUCACAACAUUGAGUCAGUGACCGGUGGGGAUCCCUUCUAUGAUAGGUUCCCCUGGUUCCGUCUAGUUGGACGGAGCUUCGUAUACUUGUCGAACCUCCUGUAUCCGGUUCCGCUCAUUCACAAGGUCGCUAUAGUGAAUGAGAAAGGAGACGUGAAGGGCUACCUGCGGGUCGCCGUACAGGCUGUUAUCGACGCCGAAAAAAAUAAUGCUGAGUUCGUUGCUGGCGUGAAACAAUCAGCAAAAAUAUCAUUCGAUGAUGACAUCGUACCCGUACGGUCCAGACUCAAAGCUAUAUCCAGUGUUGAAAAGAACAACGUCAUCAACGCUAUAAAUAUUGAAGACAGACCAGAGCAAGACUCUAACAUCAAGAUAGAAGAGCUGGCAGUAGGUGAGUGUGAUGCAGAUAGCGGCCGUGGUGACAGUUCCCUGGCCUCAGAGCUGAAGGAUGAAGAUCUCCCUGAUCACUUGACGCUCGGCCGCGAGUUCACAUUUAGGGUGACAGUGCUACAAGCUCACAGCGUGGCCACGGAUUACGCUGACGUGUUCUGCCAGUUCAACUUCCUGCAUAGAAACGAAGACGCCUUUUCAACUGAACCAGUCAAGAAUACUGGUAAAAACACGCCAUUAGGAUUCUAUCACGUUCAAAAUAUUACUGUCCCUGUAACGAAAUCUUUCGUCGAUUAUAUAAAAUCCCAACCGAUCGUCUUCGAGGUAUUCGGACACUACCAGCAACAUCCUUUACACAAGGACGCCAAACAGGACGGGCCCGUGGGCAGGGCUCCGCCCCGUCGUAUGUUGCCACCGUCGCUGCCUAUAUCAGCCCCGGUCCGGAGCCCUAAGUGGGGUGCGGCGAGUGUAGCGCCUCCCUGUUGCUCUUCACACCUGCACUCGAAACAUGAUCUGCUUGUUUGGUUCGAGAUUUGUGAACUAGCACCAAGUGGAGACUAUGUACCGGCUGUGGUAGAGCACAGCGACGAAUUGCCGUGCCGGGGACUGUUCCUCUUGCACCAGGGUAUCCAACGUAGAAUUCGCAUCACCAUCUUGCACGAACCCUCAUCUGAUCUGCAGUGGACCGACGUCAGGGAACUCGUUGUUGGUCGUAUCCGCAACACACCAGAGGCCAGCGAAGACACGGACGGAGACGAAGACGGAGCACUCUCUCUCGGACUGUUCCCGGGAGAGAGACCCACUCUUGAUGACAGGGCUGUUUUCAGAUUCGAAGCCGCUUGGGACAGCAGUCUGCAUGGUUCGCCACUCCUCAACAGAGUCAGCGCUAACGGCGAAGUAGUUUACAUCACACUCAGCGCUUACCUGGAGGUCGAGAACUGUGGUCGUCCAGCUAUCAUAACCAAGGACCUGUCUGUGGUGGUUGUGGGUCGAGAGGCUCGUACUGGCGCUGGUCGUUCGCUACGGCGGGCUCUGUUCGGCUCCAAGGCAGCUCGUGCGGAUCGUCUCACUGGACUUUACGAGCUCAGUCUACACAGGGCUUUGGAACCAGGAGUGCAGCGUCGUCAACGCCGUGUGCUAGACACUAGCGGCACCUACGUCCGUGGAGAGGAAAAUCUACACGGUUGGCGACCGAGGGGUGACUCCCUCAUAUUCGACCACCAGUGGGAGUUAGAGAAGAUGACUCGUCUGGAGCAAGUCAGCCGCACGAGGCACUUCUUGGCUUUACGGGAACGACUACGACACGGACACGAGAAUACGGUCGCGCCCAACGACUUCACAAAAACUGAGAAGGAGGUUUCCAAUAUGGCGGCUAAGGCUGCGUCAGAUUGUGCUCACCUUCGAGAUGAGGCGGUGUACGAACCUUGGGAAAUGACUCCCAGGGAACGGGAAUUAGCGACCAAAUACAUCAAGCUCAUACAGGCAAGGAUAGGCCACAAUAAAGAGGUCGAGACGGCCGUAUCACCCGCCACGCCAGUUGACGAGGGAGUGUCGGCUGAUAUCUCUACACCAAGUCUGCUGUCCUCCAUACAUAGCGCCAGCAGCUUUGAGCUGUGCUCACCGGAACGUGCACUGUUGGAGAAGGCUGGUGGUGGAUGGGGUGGGGGAAACGUGAGCACCGGCGGGGCUCAGUUCGUGCCCGACUGCGAGGAGGUGCGGGUGUCCGCGGCGGUCGCCAGGCGCGGCUACCUCAAUGUACUGCAACAUGGAACACACGGCUGGAAGAAACGAUGGCUGGUUGUCCGUCGUCCAUACGUGUUCAUCCAUCGCUGUGAACGUGAUCCCGUGGAGAGAGCCGUGAUCAACCUGGCGCACGCCCACGUCGAGUACUCCGAAGACCAGGAACAGAUGGUCAGGAUGCCCAACACCUUCAGUGUGGUGAGCAAGGAGCGCGGUUACUUGCUGCAGACUCUAGGAGACAAGGAGGUCCACGACUGGCUGUACGCCAUCAACCCCCUGCUAGCCGGACAGAUCAGGUGUCGCUCAGGUCGCGGUCAGCGCGUCGCGGGUCGCGGGCUCCCGGGGGUCCCCCGGCGCCCGCAGGGCCCCCCGCGCUCCCGGUCGGGCCCCCCGCGCCCCCUCUCGCAUGAGACGCCCUCAGCAUGGAGUCUAUCCUCGUUUUUUAAGUGCGUGGCCGACGGCCGCUUGUACGCGCACCGCCCGCUGCGCUCGCGGACUUCAUAUAGAUACUAAAACAGCCUCACAGUAAUCGCUCGUAUAUAUCUCUAUGUAGCUCCCGUAUCGCCAAACUUUAUAAUCGAUUCUCAAUGACGUCACCAUUCGACAUUUCAUAUAUAAUCUAAAGUUGAUCGUACGUGGAUGAUACACCGAGCGCUGAUUAUAUUUCUGCGACUGGUUUGGUGAGCUCAGUGAUCUGUUGUGAGAGGGGUGGGGACGGUAGUUUUAUAUUUAUAUAUUUGUCCUGAAUUUUAUGAUGUAUCAAUUAAUUUAGCAUAUCCAAUUUAUUAUUAUAUGGCAUUUAAUGCUGGAUACGGUCUAUACGUAAACAUAUGUUGUUAUAUUUUUUUAUAAAGUCCGUUAUAGUUUUUAAAUGGACGGUGGAGGUCGUGGGACCAAACCGGUGCAAAAUACGGAACGAUGGGGUAAAUGAUGUUAGAAAUGAAAUAGUUUUACGGCGGCUGUUUUAAUAUCUUAUGUUGGACGCACAUUUUUUUUGUAUAAUUCAGUUUUUUUAUUACAAAUAUAUUUCAAAUUACAUUGUAUUAUGACGUCUUUGCACCAUUGCCUGUCGAAUAUCUUGCCAAAUAUUAAAAAAUUAAACUGUCAAAGUCCAAAUAGUUUCUUGUCCAUUUUUUUUUUAACAGUAGUCUUAAGUUUAAAGGUGCAAGGACUUAAACAUAUGCCAAUUUUGUGAAAGGUUUCCCUAUGUUAUUGUAAUAUUAUUGUUAGGUCUCAAAUGUUGCGCACAAAAACUGUCGGCGAUAUCUCUAUUAGACUCCAUUGCGUGUUGCGAGGUCAACGAACCUGCUAUGACAUGACGAAAUAAUGAAAAUAUCUUUAUAGAUUUUCUCUUAAUGUUAUAUACAAUAUAAUGUAAUUUAACUUGUAUAUACGUAUGACCCGAGCGGUAAGGAUAAAACUUGGUGGUCCAGCGUGCUCAGUACGAGUUGCUACGUUAACGAGGCUACUAACAGUUUCUAAGUUAACGUCAGACUGGUGCUAUACACGCAGUCCGUCAGCGAACUCGAGUGACGUCAUACGUAAGGUUUGACUUCAUCUAGUAUUGGUUGUAAAUACAUAAUAUAUUAUGGCAAUGUAGUUUUAGACGAGUCGUUUCAAUGUAAUCGAUGGAAUGAUUUGAUUUGUGUUGUAGUUUAUUCUCAUUUCUCAGUCGAUAUGGAUUGUAUAAAGUAGGUUAAUGCGGUAUUAACGGUGUAGGGUUUAGAGCGAGUGUCGUCUAUAGAACAGUCACAAACCUUUCCCAUCUCGAGUCAGGUGAUGUCUCUGAUGGCAACCCUCGUCUCAGGUCCCCAGAAUUGUGUUAUACACACAUUCGUUUCACAAUAUCUCAUUAUAUCAUUGUAAUUUUUAUCAGACAUCAUCCCGCACAGUAGCUAGAAUAAUUUUUGUGACCAUAGUAUCUUUUAUGACAUCUGAUUUAUAAUUUAGUCAUCGUUUCUUAAUCUUGUUACCGCUUGAUGUUGAAAGGAAUAAUCUUCACUAAAUUAUAGCUUCUAGGUGAGGUUUUUCGGAAUAAAACAUACGAAAAUAUUUCUAUUUCCAGAUAAUUUUGUAAGCUUAAGUAAAUUUUUAGUAAUUGUAAAUAAAUGUAUCGAUUGAUCCGUGUUUAAGUUACAGAAAUUUUUGAAGAAAAAAAAUAAUAUAUGAAAUAUAAUCGUUGCUUUCUCGUACGUUUUGAAUCCAUUCACCGGCUUGCACCUUGGAUCUUAGACUCGGCUAACACUAGAUAAAACAGUUUAGAUUAGAAAAUAGAGUUAGGAUCAAAAGUAUUAUCCAAAUGUAGACAUGCUGUGUGUUAUAAUAUUUCUUAAUAUUAAAUAAUACAAUAACUGUCGUCAAAAUUAUUAAACUGUUAGUGAGACCGAUGUUAUUGUCUAUGGCGCAACGUCAAAUGUCAUACUUGUCACUUGUCAGUCGUCGACGUCAUCUCUGUUGGUGUUUAGUGAGUUUGACGCUGUGCUUCUGCCCUAUUCGUCCUUUUCAAUAAUAAAAAAAAUAAUUAAUCGUUUGUUUGUUCAUCGUUCACUACAAAUGUAUCGCUAUAGAUGUACCUCCCAUAAUGUUAAGGUAUGAAGGGAUCUCGGGUUUGAUGAAAUUAAUACUUUUUAUUUCUAGUCAUUUGUUUGUAACAUUCCAAAUCUGUAUUUUUUUUCCACUAGGGUGUAUUUUGCAUAGCAAAAUUAUAUUUAUCUCGUGGGAUAGAAGCUGGUACAUGAAUACGGGGAUGGUCUAGAACGUAAUGGUUUGACUUCAAUAUAAAAUGAUUGGUUUGCAUAGCUUCGUUUCGCUAUACUUUCGUAGUUCAAAAAUGAAGACCUUUUUAAAUUAGAUAUAUCAGCUUAAGCUGGAGUAAAUAUAUUUUUAUAGAGUGUACUCUAAAAGCUAUACUGUUAUUUUUAGAGACAUAGCUGUUUUCUAAAAUUAUGUUUACUUGUUCUUGUAAUUUAUUUUUAAGUAUAAGUUAGUUGGAAUGUUGGGAGCUGCGCCGGCGCAGGCGCGGGGAGGUCCUUGUGAUUUCGAUAGUGAUUGUUGUUUGUUAGGCGAGAAUGAUAUUUGAGGAUUAUAUUCUAUAUAAUUUAUGAAUUUCAUUCAAUUUAUGAGAAUAAGAACAAUGUAAUAAUUGGUAAUAUUACUCAUUGCUCUAAAUGUACUAUCAAAAUAUAUUAUACACUGUGUUAAAGGUCAUAAAUAAAAUGCUUUGAAAAUUUCCA